UGAUGUGCAGUUGGCUAAUGCUGCUAUCUCCCACAGGAACAAGAUGUUGAGACAAUCCAUGGGUCGGUCCAUGUCACCAUGUGUGGAUCUCCCCGGGGAAACAGACCUGUGAUUCUGACCUACCACGACAUUGGGUUGAAUCACAAGACCUGCUUUAACCCCCUCUUCAAUUUUGAGGACAUGCAAGAAAUCACCCAGCAUUUUUCAGUCUGCCACGUGGAUGCCCCUGGGCAGCAAGAUGGAGCAGCACCUUUUCCACCCGGAUACAUGUAUCCUUCCAUGGAUCAACUGUCUGAGAUGCUUCCUGGAGUUCUAAAACAAUUUGGAUUGAAAAGUGUGAUUGGAAUGGGAACUGGAGCCGGGGCCUAUAUUUUAACCCGAUUUGCUCUUAACUAUCCUGAUAUGGUGGAAGGACUUGUUCUCAUCAACGUCAAUCCAUGCGCCGAAGGGUGGAUGGACUGGGCCGCAACCAAGAUUUCUGGAUGGGCUAAUGCAUUACCAGAUAUGGUCAUUUCACAUCUUUUUGGCAAGGAUGAGAUUCAUAGCAGCCAUGACUUGAUCCAUACUUACCGCCAGCACAUCCUCAAUGAUAUGAAUCAAAACAAUCUCCACCUGUUUGUCAACUCUUACAACAGCCGAAGAGAUCUAGACAUCGAGCGUCCGGUUCCAGGUGUAAACGUUGUUACUCUACAAUGCCCUGCACUGUUGGUGGUUGGAGACAGUUCUCCCGCGGUUGAUGCUGUGGUGGACUGCAAUGCUAAACUUGACCCAACAAAGACCACCCUCCUAAAGAUGGCUGACUGUGGUGGUCUUCCUCAGGUUUCCCAGCCUGCCAAGCUUGCUGAAGCUUUCAAGUACUUCGUUCAGGGAAUGGGAUACAUGCCUUCCGCAAGCAUGACCAGACUAAUGAGAUCCCGCACAGCUUCUGGUUCCAGUGUCGCAUCUCUUGAAGGGAACAGGAGCAGAUCCCACACUGGGGAAGGUGCCCGAAGUCGGUCUCACACAGGCGAGGGGUCCAGAAGCAGAGCCCAAACCGGGGAUGCUCCCCGGAAUCGUCCUCCCACAGACAUCGAGCUAACUUCUAAUUCUGCCAAGAACACUGGACAGUCGAGCCCCAAGUCAAUGGAAGUGUCCUGUUAAACAGGCCCAAGUCCAAAUGAAGAUCAAGCAGCCUCAUGCUGUGUAUUGCAAUAUUUAACCUAAGGUGUUCCCCAUAACACAUGACUCUCUGCCCCCCACCCCAAUUCCAGUGGGACCAAUAAAAACAAACAUCUCAGAUGCUCUCUUUCCCUAAUCCAGAUGGCUGCUCUUCUUUCCAACUGGUUCUAGAUGGCUUUAACACUCAUUCAGUUAUUAAUCUUUUUUUUUUUUAAGAUCCAAGAUUGCAACCUCUACUGUCAAGCGGUGGGGGAUGUCUUUCUCAGAAACCAAUUGACCGAAGCCCAUGUGUCGCCUCUUGCUCUCCUUUCACCCAGUUUUCAAAAUGAAACAGUAUUUUUCCAAUCUGAUUUCGAGGCUUCACUUUGGAAGGGAAGAUGGGGAAGAAAGGAAUAAUAAUAAUAAAAACACAAUGAGAGGUUUUUUAAAAGCACUUCAGCAGUCAACUCUUGACUGUACUUAAUUCAUCAAAGGGAGUUGGGUGACUGGCCUCACGGAUAGAAUCCAAGCUCUUUAUUUGCUACACAAGGACAUCAUUAAAAACAGGGAAUUUGACACAACUUGGAAGCAGAGCCCAUCUGAGUCUCUUUCAUGCAAAUCUGAGAACUUAGUUGGCUCUUUGCAUGCUCUUUAAUCAGAUCAAAGCAAGGGUUCAGAAUUCUCAGAAACACCACCUUCAGUUUUAAAUUUUGCAUCGCAAAGGGUGUUUUCAAGCAGUAGCUAUUAGCAGAGCGGUUCUUUUUACGAUAAUUGAAGCAGUUUGGAGUUGCAAAGUUUUCCUGAUGGAUGUCUCCCCCCCACACACACACAUUUGCUUACUGGGCAUUUGGGGCAGAAGUAACAAGCAUCACAUUCUUGAAUUUAAUCUAGCAGUAAGUUAAGACAGUGGAAAUGGUGUAUAGUGAUUACAGAGAACUAUCUGAUCAACCUCUAUCUUGGUCAAGCUCUUAAGGAUUUGGAAUUAGGACUGGUGCUGGAGAUAUGGGCUCCAAAAUGUCGGAGGAAGAUGCAAUGGAGAUUUAGUUUGAUGAUUGUAAAAGUAGAUUACAUUGAUUCUUACAAUUUAAAAGCUGCUUUGCUGAUGUCUGCGGCGCUGUACUAUGGGAAGCUAUGGGCAAGACAGCUCAACAGGUUUCUGGCGUAGAUGGGAAUUCUAGUUUUUAUAGAGAAAUAAUUAUAUCUAUUUUUCCACUGGCUUGAUCUGUUUGCUACAUCACAAAACUUAAUAUAGCUAAUGAAUUUUGGAUAUAGAGCAUUUACAGCAUUUAGCAUCUCCGGAGCUGAAUAUCUGGGGUAGUUCACGAGAACUGAUUUCUACUAUAGGUUAAUUGCCUGGGUUUUUUUUUUUUUUUGGUUUUGUUUUUUUUGUUUCAAAUGACAACUUCAAAGUUCCUUGGAAAGUUUAUAAUAAGAAAUAGCUGAUUGUAAUAGAGAGGCUCAACUUGCCUAUUUGGGGGAAAGUUUAUUAAUGAAUUAUUUGUAUUUAUUUCAAACAAAAUAAAUUUGUAACUUUGCA